AUGCGGACACGUCUCCUGUCUAUAGUACAGCAGAACAACUCUAUCACACUCCAAGAGCUGGUAGCAGAGUGUCAAACGCUGAUCAACCUCAAGCACGACUCUGCAAUGAUUCAGAACCCUGCCUCAUCUUUCUCAGUGCAUUCGGUCACAUCGACCAAAUCGCGGCCCAAGCAAGUGUGCAAGGCGAGAUCUCCGCCAUCUCCUUGUCGCCACUGUGGCGCGUGGCAUUUACACCUGGAUUACACAUUCAGCCAGCAUCGCUGCCAAAGCUGUAAUCAGGUGGGACAUUGUGGUGGGUUCCGCAAAUCAACACCAGCUUCUGGAUGCAAGCCAGCCCCCGCCAUUUCUACUUCCAGGCACCGUUUCCGGCCAAAAUGCAAGUCCAAAAUCCAAUCCGUCUGUAAUUCCCUGAGUCUCUUGGCCGCUUUCCAGCUCAAUGCGUCUGGUCGUAGAAAAUUUGUUGACGUUUUGCUCAAUGGCCAUGCAGUUCGACUACAGUUGGACACUGCCUCAGAUAUCACCAUCAUCUCUGAGAGACUCUGGCAGUCCCUUGGCAGCCCAACGAUGCAGCAGACUUCCCAGUCCGCCACAAGCGCGUGCGGUGGUCUUGUACAGCUAAUUGGGCAACUGCAAUGCUGUGUGUCGUUCCGCGGUACCAGCAUCACUGCGAUCUGCUACAUCACCAAGUCUGACCUCAACCUACUUGGUCUCGACUGGAAUGCACAACUUGGAUUGACCGAUAUGCCGCUCCGCGUUGUUUGCAGUCAGGUGCAGAUUCCGGCUGUGCUUGCAGACCAAGCCAAGGACAUUCUCCAACGGUUUGCCCCAGUGUUUCAAGACGGCCUGGGUCGUUGCACAUACACUCAAGCCGUGCUACAUCUGUCUCCUAGGAGUCAACCAGUCUUCCAUUCAAAGCGACAAGUCCGAUAUGCAGCCCUACCACUUGUCGAGGCUGAAUUGAAACGUCUAGAGGAACUGGGAGUUCUGGUUCCUGUAUCCUACUCCGCCUUGGCCGCUCCAAUCGUUUGGGUUAAGAAGCCCAAUGGCUCGAUCUGCAUUUGUGCCGACAUCUCCACCGGUCUCAAUGCCGCACUGACGCCGAACUGCUAUCUACUACCGGUUUCGACUGAUCUUUUCACCCUGCUGAAUGGUGUCACUUGCUUUGCCAAGUUGGAUCUCGCUGAUGCGUAUCUGCAGAUCGAGGUCGCCCCAGAGUCGCGCGAAUUGUUGACAAUCAAUACCCAUCGCGGUCUGUUCCAAUACACCAGGCUGCCCUUUGGUGUCAAGACCGCCCCGGCCCUAUUCCAACAAACGAUGAACGCAAUGCUCUCCGGCAUCCCUGGCACAGCUGGGUACCUGGACGACAUCAUCAUCGUGGGUCGCUCCCCUGCCGAGCUGCAAGACCCCCCAAUACCAACGCGGCAGAGAAGGAGAACGCGACCGGCCACGAAAAUGUGUAUUAGGAAAUUUCAAGUCAAAAUUGACUGA